GCAAAUUGAAUGUUUCGAUCAAGGUAAAAUAAGCGUCUUGGGAAUAUUUGAGAGCAAUUCAUUAUAAUAUUGUAUCUGUGUAAGCAGCACCCAGUGGAAAACUACUCUGCAUAUGCGCUAACUUCUUCUUUCAGGUCCACUCACAAUGAUGGGAGAAACGGCUAGAAUAACAAACAAGUAAAAGAGAGACUUGAGAGGGGGGAUUGAGUCAUCCAGAGCAUCACAUUACUCUCAUCAAAACAACUACUGCCCCCAUACGCCACAUUUCUCCAUUGUUGUCUGUUUCACUCACACCCUUCAACAACGUGUCUGGCCUUCCAGGAAGUGGUGCUGAGCUGAACAUGCUGACUGCAUAUCUGAUAACUGCAGUUAGUCAGGCCUCAUGUGGAACACAAAAUGGGCCAGGAUUCCACCUGGACUGUAAAUAAUACACUGCUACUGCAAACAAUCCUAGAAGGUAAAUUUAACAAUAUGCUUAAAGUCUAUGAAACACUUAUACUUUUCUGAAAUCCCUUUUAAAACAGGAAGUUCAUUGUAGUCAAGCUGCAGACUUGAUGUUCGUUUUUUGCCUGUGCUACUUUACUUACUUACUUAGUAGCUCUAACACUUAGUUACUUACUUACUAGCCCUAAUACACAUUACUUUAUAUUACUGACUUAAUUACUUCCUUAGUAGCCCUAACACACAUGCAACAAUAUAUAUCGAAAGUAAAUCCUUUGUGACUGUUUUGUUUACCACCAACUUUAUUUUUCCACUUCUUUGCAAGUCAGUCAUGACAUACUUUCAGAAUUGAAAAUUGAGAAAAGAAGUCCUGGGAGAAUCCGUGGGCAAGCAGAAAUGCCUUUGUUUGUCUCUCUCUCUCUCUCUCUCUCUCUCUCUCUCUCUCUCUUUCCAUUGUGCGUCACUCAGACCACAUUUGAACAAAUUAUGUCUUGAAGUCAUGUGACAUAGGAAGAGGAAUUACCUCAAGUGAAACACACACACCCACCCACCUACACAAUAAUAUACAUACCCAAAUCAGAGACUCAGUCAGAGAAAGAGAGAGGUUACAUGCAAGUGGUGGAACAUUAGCGGCAACUAUCAAAGAAGAAAAGUUACAACUUAAGUACAGAAAUGGCACAAGUCUAUAUGAAAGUAGAUGUUCUGUUUCUUCUAGCAACAGCCAUGGCUAUCUCACGUAGCGACUAUGUGAGAGCCUCUGAGGUGUUUGUGGUCAGUGGCUCAGUUGCGGUGUUGCCUUGUGUAACGUCUUCCCCAACUAAACAGUCCUCUGCUGUCACCUGGAAAAGAAUUUUUGAAAGGGAGGAGAGGACGGUGUGGCGCAGGGACAAGAGUGGGCUUGAGUUUCGGCCGGUUGGACAGGCACCACACGCUCACUGUCCCUAUCCAAACUUUGGAAAUACAAAUUACAGUCUUCAUAUCGAAGGGACAAGGGAGGAGGAUGGAGGAACGUAUCGCUGCGAGGUGGAAGGACAUAAAUUCCAGGAUGUCAAGCUACAUGUCAUCAAAGUCUCCUUUACUCCUGCUGAGGUCUUCGAGGGUGAUCGGCUGACGGUGAACUGCAAUGUCACUCCAAAGAUAAAGUCAGUGAUAUGGAAGUGGGAACUGAAUGGCUCACCAAUUACCAGUAAUAGCUGGAAACAGACAUACAUGGUCGAUAAAGUGUCUCAGAAGGAUGCAGGAACUUGGAGUUGCCUGAUGAGAAACAAGGAAACACAAGUAUGGACCCAAGAAGUAAAGGCAUCCACAUUGCUGCAGGUCAAAGGAAUCCUGGUCCCUAGGGAUAACUCGGAGGUAGCGUAUGCAGAAUUGGGCUCUUCUGUCACCCUGCCCUGCAUCUUCUCGCACGAAUUCCUCUUAAACAGCUCUUCCUGGAAGAGACUGUCCAAAACAUCUAAUCUGCCUGCCAUGCUUCCUUCGUUCUUCAUCGCAUCUUCCAAACCCGGAGUUUCUGGGUGCUCCUCGGUGCUGAGGGACAGAUCAGCAUACAUUGAGAGAGUGCAGGAUGGAGAUGAAGGCACAUAUAAAUGUUCAGGACAGGUGACAGGAGACAACAACAAGCGUGUGACGGUGGAGAGGAACAUUCAGCUGGUGACUACUCAAGUUGUGAGCUCAGACAGAAACGGCAAAACGACCCUGACCUGUCGCAUUAGCAACCCCACCCAAGUCACCAGUUAUGAGUGGAUCCAUGUGGAAUAUGGUGUGAAUGAUACUCAGACAUUCACCUAUGUCCAAAAAUCAACAUCAAAAGUGCUGAGCAUCCCAAAAGAGAAGCAGCUAGGAGAAUGGGUGUGCCGUUUCUAUAACCAACAGCAGCUUCUGGGAAAUGCCACUUACCACCUGCAAAUGAUGAGUGGUUUGGAGGGACAGGAAAAAUCUACAAGUGGAAACAAAGUAGUCACGAUUAUAGGACUGUGCUUUCUGUGCUUGUUGUUGGUGCUUAUUGUGCUUCAGCUGUACAAAAACCAUCGCAGGAGAAAAAUGAUCUUGCAGUACCCAGCUAUGGAGACAAUUGUCCACCUUGCUGCUAAUGAGCGAGAAUUUAGAGAACGGGUCAAAGUGAGAGAGAAAACCCAGAAUGGUGCAUGUGGUGAAGAUCUGAAAUCAGUGUUUGUGUAAAUACAUUGUAAAUCCAUUGUGAGGACAACGUCUAAAGACAAUUUCUACGAUAGAGAGAGAGAGAGAGAGAGAGAGAGAGAGAGUAAAGGAAAGAGAGACAGAGGCAGGCAAUUGUAGCAUACAUUUUCUUACAAAAUUCUUUGUUGUAAUACUAAGCAUAACUACACAUUUAUUUUUUAUGUUGAUCUUAAUGUAUGAUACUGUAUAAUAUAUAUAUAUCAAUAAAGUGCAUGUAUUAUUAUGCAUCUGUCCUUUAUUAUAUUAUCCAUUAUUUCUUUUUUACUGUAUAUGCCAUAUACACUGUGGUGUCUUAAAAAUAACAAAACAAAACAAAACAAAACAAAAAACCCAUAAACAUUUUCUUCAAAAAAAGACUCCACUGGGCAAAAAUAUAUCAGGAAUAAAUUUCUAUUAAGAUCACUGAGAUAAUCAGUGACAGAGAACUGUGACUGUAAAGUCUUAUCCACUGAUGUUUUUGUCUGCUCUAUUCACACUAUAUG